AUGGAUACUCAAAGUGAGAUGUUACUAAAAGAUUGCGUUCGGCGAAUAUUAAAGCAUGCGGAUUUGAAUAUCAUAAACAAACAAAAAGUUUUGUUAUUGGCUUUAGAGAAUAGCGGUCUAGAUUCAAAUUUACCCGGGUAUGAGAAUGUGGUGAAAAAUGGUAUUGACGACUUUUUUAGCAAAAAUGAACAAGUACCACCUAGGAAUAUGCCCACAUGUGUGAAGAUGAAGGAUACGGGAACAUCACAGGAAGCUGAGACAUUGACUUGUAGUAUUUGCAUGGAUGUUGUACUCGUUCAGGACGGAAAUAGAUCAAUUACGAAACUCGUAUGUGGACAUUGGUUUCAUUUUGAUUGUAUUGCUUCAGCUUUCAUGGCUAAGGGGGCAAUGCAAUGUCCCAACUGUCGACAUGUAGAGACGGGGCAUUGGUUUACUGCCAGCGAAUAG